AGCCGUUUCUGAGGGCUGAAGCCGAAGUCCAGCAGACCUCGCAUCGGCACCAUGUACCGCCUCCUCCGCCCCGCUCCCCUGAGCAUGGCCGGGAUUCCUGGGCCCCACCUGUCGACGGCCAAGAGUGGGUGCCCGGCGACGACUGGCAAGGGCGUCAAGGCGUGCUCGCUGCCACCCAGGCGCAGCAAGCACCCCUCGCUGGAGGACAGCGCUGUCAUGUCCACCACGGACGAGUUCUACUGGUCCCCCAGCGGCUCGGACGUGUCGGAGAGCUCUCCGCGCAGCGACCCCGGCUCGCUGGCCGAGCGGGCGGCCACGCCGGAGGAGGCAGCCUGGGGCGGGGCACCAGAGCCCAAGGCCACAGCCGCAGGCCGCAGCUGCGAGCUCCACUCGCCGCUCGACAGCGCGCUGCUGCUGCUGCGGCGCCGCCGCGCCGCCGCCGCGCUGCAGGCCCCGGGCUGCAGCGUCGGCGCCGCGUGGCCUGGACCGGGAGAGGCCUUACGGCCGAUGCCGCCGACCCUGGAGACGACCCUGUCGUCUGGGCGCGCCAGCCCUCGCGGAUCGGACGGUGGCUGCGAGGCGCUGUCGGACGUCGGAGGC